CAGUUUGCAACGGUUACGUCACUUGUUGUUUAUCAGACGUGCAUUCUUAUCAGUGUCUAAUAAAAUUGCAGUGCAUUCCGUCGCGAACCACAAAAAUGAACGAAGACCCCUUUCUUUACUCAAAAAACUGUCAAAUGCAGCGAUUUGACGCCAAUUAUUUCCUCACCACUUACUUAAGUCAAGUCAACGUGAAAGGCAACGCUGCAGUUCUAGACGUGGGUGCUGGUGAUGGCUUAGUGACCCUUGAAGUGUUGCUUCCACGGUUGCCAAAUUUCAAAAAACUCGUGGUUUCCGAUAAAUCCAAAAAAAUGGUGGAUUUCGCUAAGAACAGGUUCCACGACGAGCGAAUCGAAACCAUUCAGAUGGACAUAGUCCACUCCAACAAAUCCUUCAAAGGCUAUUUCGAUCACAUUUUUUCGUUUUAUUGUUUGAAUAACGUUCCAGAGGAAAAAACACCAAAAGCCAUGAAAAAUAUUUUAGACAUGCUGAAACCCGGAGGAACUUUUUUGGCCACACUGAUCGUAAACUCGUCCUUUUUUGACAUUUGCGAAACUAUGGUCAAAGACAACAAGUGGCCAAAAGCUAUGGCGGACUACGCAAAGAGUUUUUCUCCGUAUCGUGGUUUGGACAACCCUGAAGACAAGCUCAGAUUGUUUUUGGAACACGCCGGUUUCGAUGUUCAAAUUUGCAAAUACGAGAAACGCGAAUUCAUCUAUGGUGGGUUAAAACAUUUUUUGGACUUUGGUUUGGCCGUGGUUCCUAUCCUGAAGGUGGAUUCGCAAGACGAGCGGACGAAAUUCGUUGCAGAUUUUAAAGAAACGAUCGAAAAUUGUAACGAGUUGCGCAUAGAAAAUAGUAGUGAAGGUGAAAAUGUGCAUUUUUUUUAUAGCGCUUUAGUGGCUUGUGCGUCAAAGCCUGUCCGAGUUUAAGUGGUUUGAAAGAUUUAUUGUUGUUGUUGUUGUUGUUACGAAUAAAAUUACGCAUUUUAUGAA